UGCUGAGCUGUGGUGAGGGACGGACUGCUUGGCUUCCCGCUCCCCGGGGUCCGCUCCCUUCGCUGUCUGUGCUCUUGAUCAGUCUUUUAGACUCGAAUAGACUUCGUAGAACAGCGAGUUCUAUAUACAUACAUAAACAGAAACCUGUGUAGAACAGUGCUAUUCACGAACCAAGUGAAGUUAACUAGAGUUAAUAUCCAGGUUAAAAUGGAGUUGGUUAACAAGUGAAACUGAAUACAGGAGAUGGACGGGCGCUCACAUACGGAUUACAACAAAUGGACAGUGAUCAAGCUGUAACUCAGCCAAGCUUGGAUUACACCACCAGGUGCACGGAGACCGCUUGUGCGCCGGGAUAUAUAUAAAUAUAUAAAAGUUGUGACAUGUAAAUCUCUACACAAAAAAAUUACUUAUAGAUCUGUGAACUGCAAAGAAGAAAAAAAAAAUAUAUAUAUAUAUAUAUUGCUUCAUUUCAUAGUCAUAUUGUCUGGAAUUAUCGUGGAAUUUUGCUUUAUUUGCUUGAUAUGAAAGAAAAAAUGGUGUUUGGAAUAUGUUUGCAUUUAAUGACAUACAAGAGUGUCCUAACAGUCGGUGUAGAUUUCAACAGUGUUUCCUGAAAACAGGACGGGAAAAAAUAGGUUAGAUAUGAGAAAAUGCCCAGAGCGAUCAUUUCAUUCUGAAACCUCAAACGAAGUAACGACAGUUUCAGGGGAAAAAAUAUAAGUUUUAAAAUAUGAGACGAGCCUUGGGCGAUCGUUGAAAUGUGAAACGAGGCUUCGCUAAUCUUCCUGGAGGUAGCGAAUCAUCUGGUGAUGUUCAGAUUGGGAUUAGUGUGUGUUGAGGGAGAGUCCUUGUGUAGGGGGGACUGCCCCAAGCUACGGUAGCACCGCUGGGGGUAUCAAUAAUCGACAGUAGCAGUAGCAGCCAGUAGCAGUCCCCACGCUACGUAGCCUACUCCGUGAUGCUGAUAGUGGCUCUCCCGCGAUGCUGACAGCAUCAUCAUCAUCAUUAAAGAACUGACAGAUAUUUGCAGUGAGGGGGAGCGUGCCUUAGAGAGGGGGUGCGAGGUGUGUGUGUGUGGGAGCGAGUCAGGUGUCUGGCUCACCUCUGACUGCCACCGCCGCCCAGACCUGACUGCUGCUGACUCUCUCUCACAUCGAUCACAGGCUGCCAGCACACGCGCCGCGCGCCCCUCACCCCCUACCACGUGUUCACACCUGCGCGCUCUCACGUGUGCUUAGUGCAUGCGGAAAGGCAGUAACGACGGGUGAGGCUGGCAGGCACUCGGGCCCUGAGGCCCUUCAGGACACCUGUCAUGGACACUUGAGGAAGCAGCGUGCGCAUCUGCCGCCCUGCACAUUUGUCCCUAUGCCGCCCAUCACUGUCGCCGCCCACACACUGGAACGCACCGGGAUGCUACUUAUCCUCCUAGUGCUGGUGGGCGGCGUCGGCGGCCGCCCACCGGAGUGCGAGUGGAAGCUGGAAAACGCCGGUGUGACAGCUGGCGGCAGCGAGCAGGUCCGCACCAGCUGCCACGUCAGGACGCUGAGUAGAGUGCUGCUGACGGAGGGCAGCGGCAACACGUCGUUGUCAGCACUGGCUCACGCCACCCACGUGACGGUGCUGACGCUGCACUGCGCCAGACAAGUGGUCUUCGAGUCUGAGAUCACUCCUGGGAUGUUCACAGUCUUCCCCAGACUGGAGGACCUGCAGGUGCUGGGGUGCAAGGUGACGGAGCUCCCGUCGCAUGUGAUGGCUGGUCUGCCGCACCUGCGGCGAUUCAUGCUCAGGGCUCAUCACCAGGACUGGCCAGGUGCGGCCCUCACUCUUCACCCUGAAGCCCUGGCUGACCUCAGCCGCUUGGAGGCCCUUGACCUGGCCCACAAUGCCCUCUGGUCCAUGCCACCAGCUGUCUUGUGCCACCUGCCCUCACUAACCACUCUCAAUUUGACGCACAACCGCCUCCACCAUCUGCCUGACCUCGGUCUGGGCCCCCGUGAGGCGCAGGAAGGUAACACGUCUCCUGGGUGUUCGUUACCGCUGCAACACCUGGAUCUCUCCCACAACCAGGUAGCUGAGGUGCCAGAGCGAGCCUUCACGAGUGCUAAGGCCUUACAGACGCUCUCACUACGGCACAACCGGUUAGCGCACCUGUCUGACUGGGCCUUCGGUGGUUUAAGCUCACUCAAACAGCUCGAUCUGUCUCAUAACCGCCUUGUUGCUGUUCCCCGGUCUGCAUUAAGUGAUCUUCUGCAACUGACAGAACUCUGCCUCGCUAACAACUCUCUGAGUGUUCUACCUCCCGCUGCAUUCAGCAAUCUAGGCCAGUUGCAGACGCUAGACCUGAGUUAUAACCAACUAAGUCUGGGCUCUAGUAACGUAGAGCCCUUCACUGGGCUUAUUCGCCUGGUGGUUCUGGAUGUGUCGCACAAUUUGCUGGUUCACCUCGGCCCUGAUACCUUCAGGGACCUUUAUUCUCUUCAGGUGUUACGACUGGCGCAUAACCAAUUGAGUCAUCUCUCUGAUGCAACCUUCGCCGGCCUGGCCAACCUGCACACCCUGGAACUAUCCCACAACGAACUGUCGACACUGUCUAGCCGAGCUCUCCAGGGCUUGGCUGUCCUAACUCACCUCUCUGUGGACCACAAUCAGCUGGAGAGUGUUCACACGGCCGCCUUGGACAACUGUUCAUCUCUGCACCACCUGAGUUUCGCCCACAAUGAGCUGCACGACCUCCCAGAGGCCGUGAAGCGAGCGCCACUUUUGCGAACUCUGGACCUGAGCUAUAAUCAAAUCUCUUAUCUCGAGGAGGGAAUUUUACAUGGCCUUAUACACCUCCAAGAACUCCAACUUGAUCACAAUGUUAUAACUAACGUGAGUAAAGCCUCAUUGGCUGAAGUCUCAUCGCUGACCUACCUUGACCUCUCCUACAACACCCUGACAGACAUUGAGUACGAAGCACUGGACGCCACCCCUAAACUCGUGGGUCUUGACCUUCACCACAACAACCUGGGGGACAUCAAUGGCUUGGUGACUCAACUUCAGAACCUGACCUGGCUCAACGUAUCCCACAACAGCAUUACGUGGUUUGACUAUGCUCUUAUCCCUAAGAACCUCGAGUGGAUUGAUCUGAGUUACAACCAAUUAAGCAAACUGGAAAACUACUACGAAGUCCAGAAGUCUCUUGAACUAAGGGUGCUAUAUGCAUCCCACAACAACAUAUCUGAAAUCAGUGCAGCAAUUGUUCCAGAUGGCAUAGAGGAGCUUCAUCUCCAACAUAAUGUGAUUUCGUAUGUGGCCACUAAUACAUUUUUUGACAAAAUGAGUGUUUCGCUAAUUGACCUCCGGUACAACAUGGUGGUGAUUCUGGAGGAGGCAGCACUAAGACUCUCGCAAAGACACGCACCUCCGCCACUCCUGCUUCUCUCCCACAAUCCGCUUGAGUGCAACUGUGCCACAGACUGGCUGCUGAGGGCUGCUGGAGCAGUCCUAGGGGUACCUUUGAGUGGGGGCUCUAUAUUGCCUCACUUGGGAGAUGUGGGGGCUGUUGAGUGCCGUUUACCGGGGUUGUGGCAGGAAGUGAUAGUUCCCUUGAUCAUCGUCCAGCCACAUCAGUUUCUCUGCACCUACCGCAGACACUGCUUCACGCUCUGCCAUUGCUGUGACUUUGAUGCAUGUGACUGUGAACAAACUUGCCCCAGAAACUGCACGUGUUACAACGACCACACGUGGUCGCACAAUGUGGUGGACUGCGGUGGUGGAUGGACUCACAUGCCCUCUGGAGUGCCCAUGGACGUCACCGAGGCCUUCAUGGACGGCAACUCUAUGGGGGCUCUUACAUCACAUGCUCUUAUUGGUAGGAAAAACCUCCGUGUUCUUCACCUUAACCACUCGGAUAUCACCGUCAUUCAAAAUCGUACAUUUAACGGACUGAAGAACUUGCAAGUGUUACGGCUUGACCAUAACAAGCUAGAGGCACUUCAUGGUUAUGAAUUUGUAGACCUGCAUGGCCUCCGGGAGUUGUAUCUUCAGAAUAACCACCUUAAGCACCUUAGCAACAUAUCGUUGUCUCCUCUUCGGGCGAUUGAACUCCUGCGUUUAGAUAACAACCUCUUGACAACUUUUCCCGUGUGGAACCUAGCACUUAAUCCAUUUCUCUUGGAAGUUAGUCUCUACCACAACCCCUGGAGUUGUGAGUGUAGUUACUUGGCAAACCUGAGAGCGUGGUUGGAGGCAAACCGCAUCAAAGCGACCAAUGCCAGUCUCAUACGCUGCCACCAUAACAGCACCGGAGCCAUUGGUCCUGCAGUACUCUCUGAUGCGCCUGUGAGGUGUGACCACUAUGUCGCCACAACUAGGAUUAAUAACCUCAUAAUUCAUGACUACGUAAUGCUGCUGCUGAUCACAGCUGUGCUGUUGUUGCUGCUGCUUGCUGCUGCCAUCAUUGUCGUGGCAUACCGUAGGCGUCUCAAGCUCUGGGCAGUCAGUCGCUACGGCAAGCGCCUCUUUGAGAAAUCCUCUGCUUAUGUCGAGGACCGUGAGAAGCUUUUUGACGCAUUCGUCACUCACAGCGCCAAGGACUCUACGUGGGUGUGUGGUCUUAUGGCUCCCGAGCUGGAGGCAUUGGGGUAUCGUCUCUGUGUGGUCCAUCGUGACUGUACGGCUCUCUCAGCCCCUGUGGCUGGGAGAGCGAUAGCAGAGAGCAUCUCCUGCAGCCGCCGUGUUGUCAUGGUGAUAUCCAGAGGACUGGUGGAUGCAGAGUGGUGCCGUUACGACUUCAAGAGUGCCCACGUCGACGCCUUGCGAGGACUGCGGCACCGAAACAUUCUCAUAGUCAUGCUGGAAGAUGUGCCAAGGUCAGAGCUUGACCCUGAAUUAGCCACCAUCGUUCGAACAGCUGGCACAACUCUUCACCCGCGUGACCCGAGAUUCUGGGAGAAGCUACGCAGAGCAAUGCCGUCUUUACGCUCACGCCGCAUGCGUCCGGGUCUUCCUGCGACACUGGGAGGGAGAGCAGCAAGCAAGCCGCUGGUAGCCUCCGAACAGCAGAAUGGUCCAUCUUGGCCUUUACCAGAAACCAAGACCUUGGGGCACACCCCAAGUAAGUCUCUCACUGUUAAUCCGUACUGGGAAACCGCCGUUGGACACAACGUAACAGAAACAGCGUGGGAAUCGAGAGGGGGCCCAGACCUUGUGGCACCCCCCUGGUUACACAGUCCUAAGAAGCCUCCGUCCCCGGCUCCUACUAACGCAGUGAAAAAUGGGCGGCUAUCGCCUCAUGGUUCCCCUGGUGGGCCUGACCACACAUACAUGAGCGUUAGCGAAUGUGGUGAGGUCAGAGCCACACUCCUGCCUGCCACCACUCUCUCUGCGUUGGCUGAACCCAAGUCCUUGGCCACUGCCUCUUCGGGUGGAAAAGGGACAGGCGUGGGCGGUUCUCGCCCCUCUGCACCUCCUCUGUUCCGGCGAGAUGCCCCCGACUACCUCACCCGCAGCUGGAUCUUUCACCCGCCUCCUGAUGAACAGCCUCCUCCCCCAGGCCAGACUUACUUUGUCUAGAGAUGGGACCUCCCUGCCCCUACACCUAUGCCCUUUUCCAAGCUUCCCUUUCCUCUUGAGUGCUGCUAGCUCCGUCUUUAUCCCGCCCAGUCAGUUUUAGCUGGAUCUCGUCCAUAUAUUCCAAGCAGCUAGUGUAGCCUUAACCACUCCAAACUACCUAGCACAAGCCUAGCUAACCCUGUCCCUGCUCUGCUUGUAGCCCCUUCUUCAUAAGGUCUAUUUUGCAGACUUAUUGUUUUAAGGUCCGUAUCGUCCCUCCCCCCACCCCCUACCCCUCCGCCCUGAGACAACCCUGGCACUCUUGUCCAUCAGAUCAGACCUCGUCCCCAAACCCUCAGUCCAUCCAACCAAUCCCCCAUGCCACAAACACCCACAAUCCUGGUCCUCAACGCCUCACGCGAGGGAUUGGCCCGCACACAUUCCGCCCACACCCACAGUCUACCACGCCCACGGCCGCCCCCGGUGCCGCCUCCCACAGUGACACCCCGAGCGACAGUGACGUAUGCAACUGUGAUUCAGAAAAAAAAGAGUCGCUCCGUCAGUGCUUGCUGAACUAUGCUGCAGGUCGCUGUAAGCAGCGGUCGUGUUCUGACUUCUCGCAGCUAUUGUGCAAGUGUCUAAAAAAAAAAUGAAUCUUUGUAAAUAAAGGCAA